ACAAGCACCCAGCCAGAGUGCCAGUGAGAAGCACAGGCCACCACUCUGCCCUGGUCCACACAAGCUCCGGUAGCCCAUGGAGCCCUGGCCUCUCCUGCUCUUUAGCCUUUGCUCAGCUGGCCUCGUCCUGGGCUCCGAACAUGAGACCCGUCUGGUGGCAAAGCUAUUUAAAGACUACAGCAGCGUGGUGCGGCCAGUGGAAGACCACCGCCAGGUCGUGGAGGUCACCGUGGGCCUGCAGCUGAUACAGCUCAUCAAUGUGGAUGAAGUAAAUCAGAUCGUGACAACCAAUGUGCGUCUGAAACAGGGUAACAUGGUAGAUCUGCCACCCCCCAGCUGCGUGACUUUGGGAGUUCCUUUGUUUUCUCAUCUGCAGAAUGAGCAAUGGGUGGAUUACAACCUAAAAUGGAAUCCAGAUGACUACGGCGGUGUGAAAAAAAUUCACAUUCCUUCAGAAAAGAUCUGGCGCCCAGACCUUGUUCUCUAUAACAAUGCAGAUGGUGACUUUGCUAUUGUCAAGUUCACCAAAGUGCUCCUGGAGUACACUGGCCACAUCACAUGGACACCUCCAGCCAUCUUUAAAAGCUACUGUGAGAUCAUCGUCACCCACUUUCCCUUUGAUGAACAGAACUGCAGCAUGAAGCUGGGCACCUGGACCUACGACGGCUCUGUCGUGGCCAUCAACCCGGAAAGUGACCAGCCAGACCUGAGCAACUUCAUGGAGAGCGGGGAGUGGGUGAUCAAGGAGUCCCGGGGCUGGAAGCACUCGGUGACCUAUUCCUGCUGCCCCGACACCCCCUACCUGGACAUCACCUACCACUUCGUCAUGCAGCGCCUGCCCCUCUACUUCAUCGUCAACGUCAUCAUCCCCUGCCUGCUCUUCUCCUUCUUAACUGGCCUGGUAUUCUACCUGCCCACAGACUCAGGGGAGAAGAUGACUCUGAGCAUCUCUGUCUUACUGUCUUUGACUGUGUUCCUUCUGGUCAUCGUGGAGCUGAUCCCCUCCACGUCCAGUGCUGUGCCCUUGAUUGGAAAAUACAUGCUGUUCACCAUGGUGUUCGUCAUUGCCUCCAUCAUCAUCACUGUCAUCGUCAUCAACACACACCACCGCUCACCCAGCACCCAUGUCAUGCCCAACUGGGUGCGGAAGGUUUUUAUCGACACUAUCCCAAAUAUCAUGUUUUUCUCCACAAUGAAAAGACCAUCCAGAGAAAAGCAAGACAAAAAGAUUUUUACAGAAGACAUUGAUAUCUCUGACAUUUCUGGAAAGCCAGGGCCUCCACCCAUGGGCUUCCACUCUCCCCUGAUCAAACACCCCGAGGUGAAAAGUGCCAUCGAGGGCAUCAAGUACAUCGCAGAGACCAUGAAGUCAGACCAGGAGUCUAACAAUGCGGCGGCGGAGUGGAAGUACGUUGCAAUGGUGAUGGACCACAUACUCCUCGGAGUCUUCAUGCUUGUUUGCAUCAUCGGAACCCUAGCCGUGUUUGCAGGUCGACUCAUUGAAUUAAAUCAGCAAGGAUGAACAGAAAGUGAGCUGAGCCUAGCUCUGUCCUGGAACCUACCAGAGCAGAGAAGGGCAGGAGAGGAAGAUUUGUCUACUUGCUACACUCGCACUUAUCAAACGUGUUAUAUUCCAUACUUACUAUUGAUGAUAAGAUUUACCUUUAUGUAAGUUUAUGGCCUUGAAGUGUUUUCAUAUUGCUUCUCCCUUUAGUUCUGCUGUCUCCCUGAAGAGUGAACCCUCUUUAGUAAAUGAAACUAAUCACUAAAAAAAGUGUUCAUUUCCAGUGUCUGGAAGAGUUUUUGCCAGGAUAACCGAGGUUUUCUGUUGCAUUAUCAUUGCUGUUAUAUUUAUAUAUUUACUUAUUUUGUCUAACCACGAGACCACUAGGGAGCUGCUGAUGUGCUAAAUGAAGUGUAUUCUUUGCUUAAGAGUCAGUUUUGUACCUACUAAGAAAACCCCAUCUACCAGUCCUAAAGAGAUAAGGCAUUUGAUUUGGAGAUAGAGGAAGCAGUAGAAAUGAAAUAAAC